AUGCAAGUCCUUCUUCUCGGCGGCCACGGCAAAGUUGCCCUGCACCUAACCCCGCUGCUGCUCAAGCGCGCCUGGAACGUAACCAGCGUGGUUCGCAACCCAGACCACGAAAGCGAGAUUCUAGCCUUGGGCAAGGGUCUUAAGGGCAAAUUAAACGUACUCAUCUCCAGCCUGGAAGAUGUCAAGAGCCCAGCCGAUGCACAGAAGAUCAUCGAUACCGUGACACCAGACUAUGUGGUCUGGUCGGCGGGCGCGGGCGGCAAAGGGGGCCCAAACAGCACCAUAGCCAUCGACCAAGAAGCCGCCAAGCACUUCCUAACGGCCUCAUUCGCCACAAAAGGCAUCACGAAAUUCCUCAUGGUCUCCUACCUAGGCAGUCGCAAAACCCAACCAACCUGGAUGCCUGAUGACCAAUGGGCCGGGAUUGUGCGCGUGAACAACGAAGUCCUCCCAACAUACGCCAAAGCCAAGCAGGAGGCGGACGAGUACAUGACUGCACUGGCAGCACGGCGCAAAAGUGAUCCGAACGCUGCGGCCUUCCAGGCGAUUAAUCUGCGGCCGGGGCUGCUUACUGAGGAACCUGCUACGCGGAAGGUCGAGUUGGGGAUUACGCCCAAGGGACGAGGCAGUGUUACGCGGGAGGAUGUGGCUAUUGUUGCGGAUGAGUUGCUUUCUAGGGCUGAUACUGAGGGGUGGAUUGAUCUUGUGAAUGGGGAGGAAGGGGUUCGUGAGGCCGUUGAGCGGGUUGCUAAGGAGAAGGUAGAUGCUGUCGUUGGGGAGGAUGUUGAGGGCAUGGUGAAGCGGUUCUUUGGGUGA